UUGUUGGAAGGUUGUGAUUUCUGCAGGAAAACGUUCUGCAUGGUUGACUUUGUGUAACAUUUUUGUGUAAUAGUAGAGGAUGUUUAACACUUUUACAGCUGUACUUUGAACCGAAUCAUCCCAUCGAAGUAUUACAUGGGCUUUGAGAGUCAAGCUUUUGUGCUGCUUUUGUGUUUUAUUAACCAGUCUAGAAGUUGAGCUGAUUCACGGUGUUGCUGCGCUUCUUCAUUGUUUCGUGUGAACUCUUCUCCGUGAAGUAUCAACUUGUGCAAGUUCACUAACGUAAGGCAGAGUUACUUUCGUCAUGCAGCUGGUGAUCCGUCGGUACCGUCCUGCAGACAAGGACACAGUGCUCACCCUCUUCAGUACUGGCAUCUUGGAGCAUAUCCGUCCAUGUUUCUAUAACGCCAUGACCAGUCCCCUUUACCUCACCAUCACCCCGACUCUGUGUGCUGUUGGUUAUCUCCUUGGCUCUGUGUUUGGAGCUGUACUGUUCCCAGCAGCUUGGGUAGGUCUCAUCUACUACUGCUGUCAUGAAGUAUAUGCCAGCUUCGUCAGGGUGAGACUUCGCACCGACAUGCAGGACAUCCCUGGGAACUUCCUCAGCAGACCUGAUGACUGUUUCUGGGUGGCUGAGGCUGAGGUUGGAGCGAGAGCCCAGGUUGUUGGUAUGGUGGCUGUGGUAGCUAAACACAGUGGGACAGAAAAGUAUGGGGAAAUGUUCAGAAUGAUCAUUUUCCCACAGUAUAGACGGAUGGGCCUCGGCUUUAGGUUGACUCAGACCGCGGUUGACUUCUGUAAAGAACGGGGCUUCUGCAAGGCGGUGUUGGAGACUAGCUCCACCCAAAUGGCAGCUGUGGCCCUGUACAGCAAAGUGGGGUUUAACCGUGUCCAGUCUCAUAUCAAAGCACAGGCAGCUCAUUGGAUCAUUUCACUGGCCAGGGUCACGAUUAUAAGGAUGGAAAAAUACUUGUAAAUCAAAAAUAACACUCAUCAGCAGUGUGUUGUUUUCACGCUUGGCUCCUCUUUAACAGUGGUUUAAUAUUUGGCAAUGGUUAGACUUGACUGUAACCAAAACGUUGUUCAGGUGUAACUUUGGAAAAAAAUGCCAAAUCUGUUAUAUACUUUAGGACAAAGCACUAUGAACAGAUCUGAAAGUAAGGAGCAAGAUGUUGUUACUAAAACCUGGUUUCCUCUUUAUAGAGUACUUUACAUAUUCUCUGACUACACCUUAAGCCCCCCAAAAAUUGUCUGUUAACAACAUAAGGCCAAUUAGCAGCUCCAGUCCUGUGAACCAAGAUUUAACAGUUAAUCCUUACAUUGUGUACUUUUCAGUGACGAUUAGAAUAACUUAAUGUAAUCAGAUGUACUGACCACUUUCAGCUGUAUUCAUUUAAAAAAGAAAGAAAGAAAUGUUUUAAAAUGUCAUUAACUGAGAUACAGAUAACAUAUUGUAAGCACAUGAUACAAAGAUACAUGUCGUAAUAAUAUUAAUAAUAAAACCAUUAACUUUUAAAAGGCAAACGUAGAGAAUUUAUAUGCAUCAGAGUGGACUUAAAAUUCUCAUUAAACUCUUCCAUUGUUUUACACCUUUUUUCCUUGAUGUAAUCAGGAUAACUGAGAUAUUUGCUUAUGAAAUGAAGACAUGAUUAUUAAGACUGAUAAUGUUGAAAAUUAAAUCACAAAUCUAAAUUCA